UGGUCGCCUCAUCGCCAUGUUCGUUAGGCCGUCGAUGCGCUCUCUGCGUUCAUCGCAACCCCAUUCGGAAACUUGUGUCUAAAGCUAUGAUGCUUCUUGCCCUAUGAGAUGCCUGCGACAUCUUCCCUUCCCUUUUCAGUCUUCGAGUGUGGCUGGCGUGCUUUGUCUCUUCUUUUGGUUCCGGCCGUUGGCUUCAGGGUGGACUUUGGAAGCCAGUGUUGCUUUCUUUGCGUCAGGAAUGGUGCAUUUCAGGGUACGUGUGCGUUGCCAAGUGCAAAGGAACUGGCGAGGUAUUCUGCAUCUGGAUUAUAACUUUUACGAGGUGUAGUCAACAGUGUCGGGAAGCGCUUCGAGGCUUUUAUGGCUCGGAUUCGCUCUCAAAGCAGCGAUUGUGGUUUGCAAAAUAGUAGGAAUCUUUCUGUGUAUGUGUUUUUCCGUGGUCGAUCGAGGACAGGUGGAAAUGGGUGAUGGGGGCGUAUAUUUUGUCGCUGGAUGCCACCGAGGACGAAUGAUAUAUGUGUUGCCCCGACCAAUUGCACUACGACGAUAGGAUUUUAAAUCCGCAGUUUUUCUAAAGGCUUCUCGUGAUACUCGGUGUGCAACCUUACAAUUUUCAAGCCAGAUGAGAAUAGUCGAAGGGGCUCCAAGCUGCUCUACAUUUGAUUUAUUCCGAAAGAGCAAGUGGGAAUUGUGAAGUUUAUGCGCCCAAUUUGGAUAACUGGAGGACGGCUAAGUGGAAUUACUGGUUUCAGCUGACUUCAUUGUAUUGAUUGGGGUUGUCUCAUUCUGGGAUGCUUCGGCUGCUCAGUGGUGGAUCUGAGAUGUUUUCUGGACACAGCGGAGCUGAAUAGUUGCAUGGCAACCUAUGGAAGCUUAUUUUCAGAGCUCGUUGUAAAUUUCUCUUUCAAUUGAAGACGAACGUGUUGCUUCGAUGCCUAAUUAACAUUCAAAGUAACGUAUCAAUAAUGCGAAGUCUACGUCAUAUGGUCUGCUGGACCUGGGAGGGUGCAAAUUUCGAAAGCUUUUUUAUAUUUUCAGCUGUUAAUGGAGAGCUCAUUUAUAUUCAGUAUUUUGAAAUGCGGCACCUGGACCUAGAAUUGACGUUGAAGGAGUUGUCGAUAGCUAUUGGGCCACAUAACACGUUGUUGCCCCAGAUUGGAACAUAUUGUGCCUGUUAAAUAUGUAACGUCAGCAUUUUUGGAUGAGUGAAGUAAUACGAAGUAUGCAUUGUUUACAAGUGUGCGCCUUGUUUUUCUCUUCAUGGUCGCUGUUUGCGACGCAAUCUGGCGCAUACUGUGAUCACUUUGUCAUGAAUUUUCUGGGUGUCAGGGUGCAGGCGGUUACCUCCAGAUGAAGGUCGUGUAAUCGUCUCUGUUAGAGUGGCUGACUAAAAACUAGCAAUGGUUCUCAAAUUCGACCUGCCUUUUAAGGUAGGCGAGGAGGUGGAAGCUAAGUUCAACGAGACUGGCUACCGAGGGGCCUGGUUUCGCUGUCGGAUUCUGGAAAUUAAACCCUCCACGGCUGAUUAUGAUUUAUUGCUGGAGUACCUAGAUUUCGAGGAAGAAGGUAAUUCUUGGGUUAAGGUCCGUCAGGCAGAUCCUUCAGUCAGCUCUCAAAAAUGGUGUAAGGGUAAGAAGCCUUUGAUUUGGAUGGCACGGCCAGUGCCCCCACUAGUACAUGAGCGCGACAUUAAGAAGUAUCAGGACGAUAUACGUGAGGGGCGGAAGAAGGCUGGAUGUGUUUAUGUGUACAACGAUGAUGUAUACACUGUUGGAGACAUGGUCGAAUGGUGGAAAGACGAUUGCUACUGGACGGCACGGAUUAUUGAGAUGAAAAGUAAAAAACGUCGAGCCAAGAUUAGGUUUCCCUCUCCACCACAUGGAGAAGGAAGCGCGGAUAUCGUUCCCCUGAAGAAUCUUCGACCGUGCUUCACUUGGAGCCCUCCGCAUCAGUGGACACAAGUGGGAUCAAAGAGAAGGGAUGCUAGAGGCAAGAGCGAAACAAGUAAGAUCGACAAGGCACAGUUGGCGCUGAUAUAUUUGUCCGGGCAUGAGUGUACUUCCACGGUUGUGCCCGAUGACCACCGUGAUGGUAUUUCAUCAGGAAACGUUAAUUUUCGUGGUGAUUUAGAGCUUUUUGAAGAAGCGGCGCAUGGUUUACGUGCACUUGGGCAUGAAAGACGUAUUAGUGGUGGUUCUCAUGAACUGGUCGUAACUCCAGACAGGCACAAUGAAGAUUCCGCGUGCAAACCAGUUGUACCGCAGUCUGCUUCAGACUCCAAGCAUGGAACUGAGGAGCAGAGUGCAAAGUCUUCAGUAAAUGGUUCUGACUUAGUUCCAGACAUCGAGGGUGCAUGCGUAAAUAUUGGUAUUGCCCAUGCUAUUUCUUCAGACGCCGCAGCAGAUCAGUCGCAGUUGGUAACUACAAGUCCAAGAGGGGACGAAACGGAUUCACAGGCAGUGCUCUCUCUUGCAGGAGAAAUAACAGAAAAGUUUGAAAGUAUUGAUGGCUUUGGUGAAUCCAAUCCGACAUCUGAACGUUGUACAACUGGUACAGCAGUUCAUGUCAAUGAUGGAAGCGUCACUGCUUCUGUGGAUCUGUCACAUGUGAAGUCUGUUAGAUCUGGUGAUGGAGUUGAGAAUCUUGUAGCCACUCCAGGCAAUGCAGUUCAUCAGAGUAAAGUUGUACCUGAGAUGAGUGUUGGUAUUGGAAGUUCUGACACAAUCACGAGUAGAUCCUCCGCGAGCGAGACCUUUGCUUGUGCCAAUGUUGCUGAGCUACCUAUAACUGCUGUGGUAGACCCUCAAGACAAUUCAACAACGAUCGAACUUGUCGUUGCUGAAAGGACCGCUCUGGAUAGCCCUGGUAAAUGCAUUGCAAGGAGACAUGCAGGUGGAUUCUGUGAUCCUGAAUCCAAGGUGGAUACGGAUGCUACCAGUAAUGACAGCCCAUGCGUGAACUUACUUGUUCAUGCCGAGGAUAUAGCCGCUAUCAAGAACCCUCUAAACACAAACCUCGUUGCAGCACGUGCAGAGGAAUUAACUGACGUCAGAGCUGAACAGCUAUCUCCUGUUGGUAACAGAAAUGUGGCAGUUGAUGAGGUCACUAUAAGUGGGUUCCAUUUCAAUAGAACAGUAGCUAAUGUGCCUGUCAGUAUCGAGUUGAAUCAUUUUGAUAUCCCUCCGGAUGGUCAUGUUGCGUCCUUUGAUCCACGUCAAGAGCAGCCAACGGAGGGCCUGGGUGCUGUCCUGAAUGACGACGGUCCUACUCCUCUAAGUAGUCGUAAGUUGUCAAGUCAUGUCAGCUGUGUUGCAAUCCAACACGCUGUCAAACUGGUGUACUCUAGGAAAAGAAGGCGGAAGAAAGAAAAAUUGAGGACUGGUUCGAAGCGCGUGUGUCAUGCUGUGCCGCAUCAAACAGUUGGAACAUUUGUCUCUCAGACGGAUGGAUUAAUGCACGAACCCUUGAUCAUAAGUGUCCCAACUACUCCAUCCAAUGAUGAAAAGAGGAUUUCUACUUCUCAUUGCACUGUGAAUCGUGAAGCUGGAACGAAUGCACAAGACAGCAGGAUUUCUGAAGUCGCUUUGACCUCCGAGUGUCAGGAGUAUGGAUGCACUCCAUCCGCUGGAGUUGAGAAUGAUUCUCUGGCACGCGUGCUGGCACUCUCCAGUAUACACGAACAACGACUGCAAGCGGUGGAAGCGAGUGCUCGUUUGAAUUCACGUAACGAUACGGAAUCUGGAUGUCAACCGGGUAGUACCGGAAAUUGUGAUUUGAACGAGCAUCUUGAUGCUUUGGAGAGGCUGAUCGAGCGGGUUCAUUCUUUAGGAGAUCAGUUGCAUGGUGGCCAUAAGCGGAAGUGGAAGAGGGUGUUUUGGAAGAUGAGUGAUGGGAGUGUGUUUUCCUCUGAAGCACGGAGACAAUCAAGCGGACCUACAGAGGCAGUAGAGGCAACUCGUGAUUUUGUACCCUCUUCAGAUUUGGAUAAUGCCGCAGAACGACUUCCAUGUUUACUUGCGCAGGCUACUUAUGCACAACAGAAUGAUGAAGUUACCAGUUCGUUUGAAGUCCCAAAUGAUCUUAGGCCCUCUGCGACAAUGAAGUCCCGUUCAAAUCUUACAGUCACCAAGGGUAUUAAGAAAUGCAGAAGUGCAAGAACUUUAGUUACAUGCAAAACUCAGACGUUGAGUUUCAUGCGCAACAAACUUGUUAAUGACGUACUUUUGAAAUCAGCGAAUGCAUAUUCCAAACUCAACAAUAAUUCCAAGAGGAUUCAAGACGAGUAUAUGGGUCCUGAAAAAGUUUACCGUAAAGCGAGGUUAGAUGUUACCAAAGCAGUUUUGGAAAGUGUGCAUAAUUCCGCGACCUGCUCUCCUGCAGUCGAACCUUCACGUAUGAGAGGCUCUAUCAACAACUCAAAGGGGAAACGUCCAAGACUGAAGCAUACUGGACCUCGGAAGAGGUAUCCUAAAACAGAAAAUUCGAUGGUUGUCGACGUGCGCACAAAAGAAAAGCUUGUGGAUUCUGCAUUCGUGGGACUACAGAUACAGAAUCUCGAAGAUGUGCUCAGCAAGCAGGAAUCAGGUGCAGAAUUGGCGCCGAGAGAGUUUCGAACGAAGUCUCGUCUAUCAGGUGGGAGCAAUCAUGAAACUGCUGAACCUGUGAAGUUGGAUCCCGAAGUAAUUGAUAACCAUUGUCAGGACAAAAUCAAACUGCAACCGAAUGGAAAUUGGUGUAUUAAGUCCUACACGAUAGACGGCAAACCCGUCUGGAUUGGUAAUUACCAAACAAAAGAGCUUGCUCUUAAUUCAUAUGCCGUUGUUAAUAUGUUAACCUGCCCCAAAGUGAAGGUUGGACCGCAUAUCAACCAUCCAAGUUGCCCGGGUCUCAGCGAGCAAGCAAAUGGAGAUCAUUUGUCACCUGCGCACGUACUCGAAGAGAAUGAAUUGCAGGAUUUUAAUGUCGAGAAAGGCACUAGACGCAACGUUUCCGAAUCCUGCUUAAGUGUUGGUGAGUCAAAGAAUAGGAGUAUGGUACUCUCCAUGGACGAGGACAGAAGAAAAACGGAUGGUUUUUCAAGUUUAGGGAAGACAUCCCUGGUUGAUGAGCAGGGUGUUUGUACUGUCGAGAAGAUGACCACAGCAGUUGAGAGUUGUAACCAGGGUUUAUCAGUAAAAUCAACAAAGGCGGAUGCUUCAAUCAGUUGGACGAAAUCAGAGGAGGGAAAUACAAUAGGGAGCAGCAACGCACAUGGAGAAAUGCCUUCACGCAAACUGACCAGAGGCCCCUUAAGUUCCCCGAGUACCAUAAACCUUGUGGUUGCAGAUAGAGGCGUUCUACUUAACAGAAACAAUCGGGACAAUUUUCCUGUCAAAUCGGAGGUGUCUGAACUGCCAACAGUUGCAGCAGCAGUUGGCAGUGCACAUCACUUACCGAUUCAUGAUUUUACGAAGUUUCUUUCUGGAAAGGAUGCACUUGAUCGUAUUUCUAUGGAUAACUUCGAGACUAAGGAGGAGAAAGAAGUAGCCACUCAAGCUAGGACGGCGUUGUGGCGAGGCUUAUGUUGUUCCCCGCCGCACCCUGGGUUGGUUUCACAAGGACUUGACGUCGUUCAGCGGAUAAAUUUUUUUAUCAAAUCAAGGAUGCACUUUGAAGUUGUAGCUGAUGGCGAUUUGAAGAAGAUACUUCUCAGCUCUGGAAAACUUGGUGAGGAGAUUUACAUAGGUCACUGGAAGACUGAUGUUGAGGUACAUGCUGCACGCAAAAUUAUAACUCGCUGCAAGAAAGCGCUUGUAAAGUUGAUGAUCGAAUUUGAAUUAUCCAGUAAAAGGAGUGAUUCAAGCAUUGAAACUCAUGCUGAGCGGACAGUCCUACAUGAGAAACCUAUCAAUCCAAGUUAUUCUACAGAAAGGUUAAAUGUGCCAGGUUUAACGUUAAUUAAUGAAGUUGGACAGCCAUGUUCCGGUUCUAACAAGUCUUCGACAACUGCUGGGGGUGCAACACAAGAUUCGGCAUCCGCACGGGCACUCAGUCACCGAAUUCUUGAGGUUGCUUACAAUGACACCAAUAUUCAAGCCAGUGCAGGGACAGUUGCAGCUUUAGAUGGCUGUCAAGCCCCUCCAGAUUCCAGAACAGUUGGUGGACAAGCCAAUUUUACAAAAAAUCAAUCUCUAUUCGAAGAUAUAAUUAUCUUGGAUGAUGAUGAUGAUGAUGAUGCGAAUGUACCUCCAGCACGCAGUAUCCCGCCAAGUUCAGUAAGUGAUAGACUGUUCAGAACCGAGACGGUUGGGAAAACUUUCAAUAGAAAUCUUGAUAACAACACUCAGCUGGACCCACUGUCCCCGAUCGCUCCUUCGCAGAGGCAGAGCGUCGUUCAUGUGAACAGAGGUUCUAGAGCUGGGGUUCUACUUGGCGACAGAUCAUCUUAUCCUGGACAGAUACACAACCAGGGUUAUCAUUUCACAGUUGAUCCAUUUAUAGCUGGACCAGGUGGCACCAGGCAAACAGUUCAUAAAUAUUCUCAAACUGGCAAUUCAAGUGCCGAUCCUAUCAUAAGAGUUCAGCAUACCGGUGGAGUAGGCGAUGCACAGACGUUUGAAAUGGCUCAUACUCAAUCAUUGAGGCGAGGAGGGUUGGGUAAUAUGAAUAUGGUUGCGACACCCUCCAGUAUCGGAAAUGUUGUGCAUCUUCCUGGUAAUCGGCAUGGUGGUGUGCCUACCGAAAGCUCCUUUAGGAACCGUUUAAACAGCGAACCAGUUAGUGUGAGAGAAGUAUCCUCGUCUUACAGUCGCGAGAAUCAUUCCAUUGGAGCAGCUACAUUGCCCUACAUGAGUAAAAAAUUCUAUGAUUGCUGCCCGGACAUUGAACCUUGUAAAGAAGAUUUUAUUACAUGUAAGGGGCUAUUUUGUGGAUCCUGCAAUCGGCUGGUGCAUACUCACUGCGCUCUUCUAUCAAAGCAUCUGAAUUUGACUCGAUUUCCCUCAACCGGUCAAGAACAUGCUGUGUACAGAUGCUUUUGUGGUAGAUCCUGGGACAUUGUUCCUAUAGUUCUUAUUCGCAUGAAGGAUUUCAUACGGCAAAUUUGAGAGAAUCAAUAUGCAAAUCUGGUGCACGGCACCAAAGUUGUUCAUUCAGGAAGUUCAGUUACUGUACUUGAGCUAAACAAAGGAAAGGAAUUAAAAGCGAUCUUAAACGUUCUGGGCAGUAUCCUCGGUGGAACCAAGAAUGCUGCCCUUUAUGCAAUUUUGGAAAUGGUACAUUCAAUGAAUUGUCAACUCUCGAUGAACGCAGACAGAGUGAAUUUCUUGGAGUGGCUUGCAUCUGUCAACGGGGCCAUGAAAUUAACUGGAGGUUUGAAGUCUUCAAAUCAAAAAUGUCGAGCUUGAAGGGUAUGUACGGAAAAACUCCUCAAGCAUAUAUACUCUCGUUCUGAUUCAUUUUAAGACUUAAAAUACAUCUUUGUAACGUAAUCUUCAAGAAAAUGAUAUUUUUUUAGCAAAUUGAGACCCGUGGGUGGAUUUUCUUUCAUUCAAUCAUUUGCAUGAAAUGGGUGCGAACAGAAGCUAGAGCACAAGGAAGGUAUACUGAAAAACAAAUAUUACCAAACUAUUUUGGGACUUUGCAAGGAAUCUAUUAUACUAGAAAAGAAUCAUCUUAAAAUGGCACACAUUGUGCAUUAAAAAGCACUUGAGCCGAUAAAUGUUUUCUUGUGCGGAUAAAAUUGAUUUAAAAAGUCUUUAUUUAAAAUUACAACGAUUUAUAUUAA